GCAGGUGACGUGCUCUGGCACUGAGGGUGUGGAGUGCUGCUCGGGCGGCUCCUCCUCACACACAGCCCGGGGAGGGAGCGGAGCGGCCAAGUGUCAGAGUACUGCUCCCUGCAGGGAACCACAGGACACACACGGCGGCUGCCACAGGACGCCAGGCUCCUCCACCUGCACACCUGGCGAGCCCGGCCACCAUGGAACUAGCUGUAAAGUUCUUCAUCGCCUGCUCCCUGUACGUGACUGCUGCCGGGGACUAUGACAGGAGGUGGCCCACACAGGUUGCCUCUUCUACAGGACUCUGCCGGUAUGGUAACAGGAUUGAUUGCUGCUGGGGAUGGGCUCGACAGUCAUGGGGUCAUUGUCAACCUUUCUACUACGUCUUAAGGCAGAGAAUAGCCAGCGUAAGGUGCCGUACACAAGCCGUUUGCCAACCAGGAUGUAAACAUGGGGAUUGUAUAGGCCCCAAUAAGUGCAAAUGUCACCCUGGAUACACUGGAAAAACCUGCAAUCAAGAUCUAAAUGAAUGUGGACUAAAGCCUCGGCCAUGCAAGUACCGAUGCAUGAAUACAUACGGGAGCUACAAGUGCUAUUGUCUGAAUGGAUACAUGAUGAUGCCCGAUGGAACGUGUUCAAAUGCUCAUACCUGCUCCAUGGCAAACUGUCAAUAUGGAUGUGAUAUUGUAAAAGGAGAGGUCCGAUGUCGCUGUCCUUCUCCUGGUUUGCAGUUAGGACCAGAUGGCAGAACAUGUGUGGAUGUUGAUGAGUGCGCUACAGGAAAGGCAGUAUGUCCAAGAUUUAGGAAAUGUGUAAACACGUUCGGAAGCUACAUAUGCAAGUGCUAUCCUGGAUAUGACUUAAUCCAUGCUCAUGGGAAAUACCAGUGUUUUGAUAUUGAUGAGUGUUACACUGGGGAUUACCAAUGCAAUACGUAUGCAAGAUGCUACAAUACACAAGGAUCCUACAAGUGCAAAUGCAAUGAAGGCUACCGGGGCAAUGGAGCUGACUGCACACCAAUCCCCCGAGUGAUGAUUGAUCCACUAGGCCCUCAUAAUUUUCUACCAGGUAAAGAUAAUAUAAGAAACGUAAUUAAAGGAAAUGGCAGCACAUUAAGUGGUAGUGAAGGAAGCAGCAACAGGAUCCCAGACUUUGUCUCCAGACAUCCUAAGUGGCCUCCUUCACCCUCUAUUACAGCAAAACCGCAUCCAAAGACACCUAAGCCCACAUCCAGGCCAUCUCCACCUGUAACACGUCCAGCACCAAAUCCUGUAACAACGCCAGCACCAAAACCAGUAACCAGGCCACCUCAACCAGUAACCAGGCCACCUCAACCAGUAACCAGGCCACCUCAACCAGCAACAAGGCCACCUCAACCAGCAACAAGGCCACCGCAACCAGCAACAAGGCCGCCGCAACCAGCAACAAGACCACCGCAACCAGCAACAAGGCCACCGCAACCAGCAACAAGACCACCACAACCAGCAACAAGACCACCACAGCCAGCAACAAGGCCACCUCAACCAGUCACAAGGCUGCCUCAACCACCAAUAAAACCACCAACACCCAAAUCACCCACAGUUGUUACAACAACAGCUCCUCAGCUAUCUACCAGAUCACCAGACAAUAACAGAAUUGAGGACCAAGGAAAACAGAGAGGAGACGUGUUCAUUCCAAAGCAUGAAAAUAAUAUCUUUUUCAACUUUGAUGUGGAGAGGGGGCUGAGUGCUGAUGAAUAUGAAGAAAAUGAUGACCCAGGAGAUAUCGUCCAUAGCUGUAACUUUGACAAUGGAUUGUGUGGUUGGAUAAGAGACAGAAACAAUGAUUUACAUUGGGAACUGGUCAAAGAUGACUCAGGGGGACAAUAUUUGACAGUCAUGGAACCCAAGGCAACCUCUGGGAAGGUAGCACGGCUGGUCCUUCCACUUGGACACCUUUCAUAUUCUGGAGACCUCUGCUUGUCAUUUAGACGCUUAGUGUCUGGAUCGAAUUCUGCUAAACUCCAAGUCUUUGUAAGAAGAUCAGGUGUUCAUGGUCGUGCUGUUUGGGGAAAAAAUGGAAGUAAUCAUGCAUGGGGCGAAACAUACAUUACUUUGCCUGGUGCAGGAGUCAGAAGUAUUGUCUUUAAAGCAGAACGAGGUAAAGAUGGCUCCGGACAUGUCGGUCUUGAUGAUGUCAGUUUGAAGAAAGGGCACUGUUCUAAUGCUUAAAACUCCUUAUAGUUAUAACUACACUGUGUGACAACCCACCAUGCCAGAUGGGCAGGAAAACUUGUUGUGGGACUGCAAGACAACAAAUUCACAAAAAUAACAGAGCCGAGAACUCCUGCAUUCUCUCCUCAUAAGAUGACAACGGGCACGAGAACUUUCUCCCACAAAUCUGUUUCCAGACAAUAUUUGCUUUCUAAAACUCUUUACUCACUACCAAAGAACUUUACCUAAGGAAAUGACUUGAUGAAAAUCAAGAGGAACAAGUCUGGUCUGGCGCAGAGUUAAUUCUUGAAAUACAUGUGCUCCAGCUUCUGAGAGUUGAGAAAACUCUGCCGUUAAAUAACUUUUGCCAAUUCAAACUCUACUAAUAGUGGAGCUAAAAGCUUUGUAAAUGCGUAUUGUGUACCUAUGUAUUUAUCGGAAGAUUGGAAAUCCACAAACUUUUAUAAUGGGUAUAGCAUCUUAUUUAAUUAUGUCGAAUAGCUCUUAAGGUCAAAUGCCUAGUCACAUCCCGAAUCCUUGUAAAGGACACAUAAAUGGUGCUCUACAGCAGGCUUUGUCUGCCUCAUGACAUAGUUUGAAGUUUAUAUGAAAGUAAAUAUAUUAAUGUUGUUCUUUUAGCAUGAGAUAUGUACAUUCUUACCUACAAAGUGUUUAAAUGAUAUUUUUGUAUCAUGUAUAAUGAUGAGUCAGUGUUGUAAUUGUUUUCUAUUACCUUUACUUUAGAGACAGUUAGGCUUUUUUGAUGCAAGAUGAUGUUAAACUCCAUUGUACAGUCAUGGCCAUAAAUGUUGGCACCCCUGAAAUUGUGUAUUGGAACUAAACCAAAAAAGGGAGGGAAAAAAGCACAUAAUGUCACACCAAACUCCAAAAAUGGGCUAGACAAAAUUAUUGGCACCCCUAACUUAAUAUUUGGUUGCACACCCUUUGGGAAAAAUUACUGAAAUCAGUCGCUUCCUAUAACCAUCAAUAAGCUACUUACACCUCUCAGCCGGAAUGUUGGACCCAAAAUCCAUUUGUAAUCCAUAGAUUUCAUGAUGCCUUGCACACAUUUAAGGCACCCAGUGCAAGAGGCAGCAAAACAACCCCAAAACAUUAUUGAACCUCCACCAUAUUUUACUGUAGGUACUGUGUUCUUUUCUUUGUAGGCCUCAUUCCGUUUUCGGUAAACAGGAGAAUGAUGUGCCUUACCAAAAAGCUCUAUCUUGGUCUCAUCUGUCCACAAGACGUCUUCCCAGAAGGAUUUUGGCUUACUCAAGUUCAUUUUGGCAAAAUGUAGUCUUGCUUUUUUAUGUCUGUGUCAGCAGUGGGGUCCUCCUGGGUCUCCUGCCAUAGCGUUUCAUUUCAUUUAAAUGUUGACGGAUAGUUCGUCCUGACACUGAUGCUCCCUGAGCCUGCAGGACAGCUUGAAUAUCUUUGGAACUUGUUUGGGGCUGCUUAUCCACCAUCCAGACUAUCCUGCUUUGACAUCUUUCAUCAAUUUUUCUCUUCCGUCCAUGGCCAGGGAGAUUAGCUACAAUGCCAUGGGUUGCAAACUUCUUGAUAAUGUUGUGCACUGUGGACAAGGCAAAUCUAGAUCUCUGGAGAUGGACUUGUAACCUUGAGAUUGUUUAUAUUUUUCCACAAAUUUGGUUCUCAAGUCCUCAGAUAGUUCUCUUCUCUUUCUUUUGUCCAUGCUUAGUGUGGCACACACAGAUACACAAUGCAAAGACUAAGUGAACUUCUUUCCUUUUUAUCUGCUCUCAGGUGUGAUUUUUAUACUGCCCACGCCUGUUACUUGCCCCAGGUGAGUUUAAAGGAGCAUCACAUGCUUGAAACAAUCUUAUUUUUCCACAAUUUUGAAAGGGUGACAAUCAUUUUGUCCAGCCCAUUUGUGGAGUUUGAUGUAACCUUAUGUCCAAUUAGCUUUUUUCCUCCCUUUUUUUUUUUUUAUUCCAAUACACACAAAGGGAAUAAACAUGUGUAUAGCAAAACAUGUGUUAGUGCAAUCCUUUUCUGAGAAAUACUAAAUUUUUUGGAAAAAUUUCAGGGGUGCCAACAUUUACGGCCAUGACUGUAUAUGGACAUUAUCUUUUUAUGUUAUUAAGAGUUUGUGGCUGCAAUGUACUUAUGCACAUUGAUCAGCCAUUACAUUAAAACCACAUGCUUACUAUUGUGUAGGUCCCACUUGUGCCACCAAAACGGCUCUGUGCCACCAAUCAAGGCAUGCAAUUUACAAAGGGAAUUUGUCAGCUACAAUUCACAUUCCUAACUGUUGACACUGUUAGAUGGAUUUUAGGACAAGUAGACACCUUUCAUGUUCUUCUAUAACACAGAAAUAUGCUUUUAUUCUUUGGUGCACAAAGUCAAAGAGGCAUUCCCAAGCUCCUGAAGUGCUGAGGACUGAAACACUCCUUGCUUCCCUCCCAUCCCUAUCCCUGCUUCUUUGCAGUCCACUGGAAGGUGUGCUCUGAUUGUAAACCUCACACCUGCACAUAAAGUGCAUGCACAGUGCGAGAACAGGAUUUGGGAAGAGUGCUUGAUGCUGGAAGCUCAGCCCUAGGUUUUCAGCCCUCAGCACUUCAGGGGCUGUGGACCACUCUUUGCACCAAAUAAUAAAAACAUUUUUCUAUGUUAUGGAAGAACAGACAGAUUUAUUUAAGGCAUUGUGUAUCUCCUUGUCCUAACUGCUAUCUAUCAGUAUCAGCAGUGUGAAGCGUGAAUUAUAGAGAGAUUCCCUAUAAAGGUGUUCUGGAGCAUCUGGCACCGAAAUGUUAGCAGCACAUCCUUUAAAGAGUACCUGUCACCAAAUAAACCUUUUAAUAUAGUGUUCCUUGUGUAAUUAGCAGACACUUUCCCAUUCACUUGCUUUUAAUAUUAUCAACAUAAAUAUGUUUAAAAUGUAAUAGAAAAAAUGGCCGAUAGGUGGCUCUGUUCUGUUCCCUGCCACAAUUAAUACAGUGAAUUUGGUCUCCUCCCAGCCUGGCAGGAGGCCAAACUCAAGAAGUUCUUUUCUGCACUGAGCUUGAUUGACAGAUGCACAGAGCCUCAUUGAAAGCUGCAUAGAGCCUCACUGAAAGAUACACAGACUGAAAGCUGCUGCACAGAGCUUGAGGUCUUCUAUUCAUCACAAUGCUGCAACCAUGUGAAGGCAGAAGUAUUCCCCCAGCAGGCUUCAGUGAUGUCAUGCCUGCUGGGAAACGCAAAUUUUCUCCUGCUGGGAGAUUGCACUAGGUGAGCAAGAAUAAAGGUAAUAUACACAGCUUUUUAAAGCUCUGAAAUUAUUUUUAAGGGUGGGAGGGGUGUUAUGAGUAGUUAGGGAACAUAGCCAGAGUUAGUUUAGAACAGUUUGUUUGGUGACAGCUACUUUUUAAGUCCUGUAAGUUGCAAGGUGAAGCCUUUAUUAAUCAGAAUUAUUUUUCUAGCACUUCCCACACGUGUUUAUUUGGAUACAGAUCAAGAGAAUGUGGAUGCCAAAUGAACAAUACCCAUUACCCAUGCCAUUGCUGAGGAACAUUUGCAGCUUGGCAGGGCACAUUAUUCUGCAGAAGAGGCCACUGCCAUUAGCAAAUGAAGUUAUGUACUUAGUCCGCACUAAUAUUUACAUAGUUGUCAGUUUAUCACAUAUCAUACCACAUGUAAGACAGGGGCCAAGGUUUCCCAGCAGAACAUUAGCUGUGCCAUCUCUGGCUUCUUCACAAAUGAUCCUGGUGCCAUCUAUUCCCCUGUUAAGCAAUGCACACACAACUGGCUAUCCAUGUACAAUGAUUCAUCAGACCAGGACACCUUCUUCCAUGCUGAAGUUCUGAUGCUUGUGUACUCAUUGUAGGCACUUUUGGUGGUAGACAGGGUCGAGAAUAAAACCUAGGACUAGUCUGUGCCUACACAGCUUUAUACCCAGUAAACUCAAUGCACUAUGAGAGAGAUUUAUCAAAACCUGUGUAGAGGAAGAGUGGUGUAGUUCAACCAAUCAGAUUGCUUCUUUCAUUCUUCACAGGUCUCUUUAAAAAUGUAGAAGCAAUCUGUUUGGUUGCCAUGGGCAACUGCACCACUUCCUCUGCACACUUUUUGAUAAAUCUCCCCCUAUGUAUUUAGACUCUUUUUUUUACAGUAGCUCCUCUGUACGAUCAGGCUUAAUGGGCUAGCCUUCGUGGUACUAACCACAGCAUACCUGCAACACCCCGCAAGACCUGUGGGGAGAUGCUUUGAACUGGUCACAUAGCCAUCACAGUGUGGCCCUUAUUAAAGUUGCUCAAAUCCUUACACUUACCUAUUUUUCCUACAUAUCAACAUCAAGAACUGACUUUUCUUUACUGCCCAAUACCCUUUGACAUAUGUCAUUCUGACCAAAUAGUUACUCAUUUUAACAGUGGUUUUAAAAUUCUGGCAGAUUAAUGUAUAUGUAUACAUCAACAUUGUUUAAAAUAUUUUCAAGACAAUUAAAGCUAUUUUGACCACAGGGUCUGUGUCAUAA